AUGCAAUGUUACCACUGUGAGGAGAGCCCGCUGGACAAUGACUGCUCCUCACCAAAGUUCAUCGUCAACUGCACAGUCAACAUCCAAAAUGCCUGUCAGCAGGAGGUGAUCUACGGCCAAGACGGAGUGGUCACGUACCGCAAACAAUGUGCGUCCCACAGCACGUGCCUGAUCACCUCAGCAGGGUACCAGUCCUUCUGCAACCCGGGGCGCAGAGGCUCCAUCUGCAUCACCUGUUGCAAUACCCCACUCUGCAAUGGCCCCCGGCCCCCCCGCUACAACCCUGCGCCACGCCACGGCCCACUCAAUCCCACGCUCCUUCUGCUUCUCGCCGUCGCCAUGGGCGCGCUGCCCACCCCCCUGUUGUGA